AUUUUCCUUAUUAUGAGGCGCAGUUUCGGCUCCCCUCGUAAUACUUGCCAUUAAAAAUUCCGUACCGUUUUAAAAAAUAAAACUUUAAUUAUCAAUGUAUUCGGAAUUUCAAUUGUCCUCAUUUUAGUUAAUCAUAUGAAAUAUGGUAAGUAUAAUAUUCCAAAUAAUUCAUUAUUCAUGUAUGAAAUGUAUGAACAUCCUAAUUUUUACUAAAAUAAACGUGAAAAUAUUUAAACAUUACAUAAUUAACUUCCUAACUUUUUUUAAACAAAUAAUCCGAUCAUUCCCGUUAAAAAUGCGUUCUGCCGUAUAACAAUCAAAAAAA